AGGGGGGGUAUAACCAUUAGUUAUUAUUUACCAGAAUGAAGCACAAAGAAAAAGAAUAAUGAAACUAGGAGAAAAUGUGGUGGUUUUAGAUGUUACAUAUAAAGGUUUUUCCUGGGCAUGAAAUACCAUUUCCUUGGUGGGUAUGCCAAUAGCAGAGUAGAGGAUUCAAUAAUCUUACUCCAUGUAAAUGUAACUAUGUUUUAUGACAAUCUAGAUGAACUCGCAAAGAUUAGUCGCUUGAAAAAUAUGGGAGGACAAAGGGAAGACAAAAGUAAAUUGACAGCAGAGAAUAUGCUCAAGGCAGAACUUGAACAAAUGGUGCAAUGGACUUCAUCCACAGAAUGCACUGUUCCAUCACAGACAGCAUUUGGGACGAUUUAUAAUGUAGACAUUGUCAAUGUAGUGUGCAAUUGUCCAGCUGCAACAACAAGAGGGAUGUGUAAGCAUGUUCAUUUAGCUGAAUUUAUUGCGUCUAAAAGGAACAUCGACCUCACUGUAGGGCGCAGAUCUAGAGGUUUUGUCCAGAUUGGGAAAUGUAUCAGUUGUUUAUUUGACCUCAUUUAAAUGUACAUGUUUUGCCAAUAGCCAUGGUAUACAUUGUAUUUGUGUGAUGGUAGCAAAAAAUGGUAUUUUCAUCACCUGACAUAGAGUCUACCCCAAUUGAUGAAACAAGACAACAAUUAAAGGAAGACAAAGAAACAACCGAACAGGCUAUUAAAAGAACAAUUGAGGGAAUAUAUAUGUAAACAAUGAUAACUUCCUGACAAUUGACGUGAAAAAAAGACUAUUUUACAAGCAAU